CCACAAUGUACAGUUUAUUUUUCAAAGAGAUAGACUAGAUUAGCAUUUGCUUGUUUUAAUAAGAUAUAUUUAUGUUAGAAGACAUUUGCACAUCGUGCGUGUGUCACUCACUGAUAGUGGGUACGAUUGGAGUGAGGUCGCCGUGAACAAACAGUGUGUGCGAAUUAACGAAGAUGCCGUAAUGCUAUGAGAACGUCAAAUGACAGAUAUACCUGACUGAAGCAAUAUCCCAGAAAAUCAACAAAACACUGCACUGUUAAAUCAGCAAUGUAGUAGGACUCGCCCAAAUUGUAACACACUCAGCUGGAUUUCACAAUGUCCAAACAAAUCCUUAGUCCUUUCGAAGAUUUACGGUAUUGUCCUAUUUGUAAGCAGGAAUUCGUCGAACCCAGACUGAUUCCUUGCGGUCACUCGUUUUGUCUGAGGUGUAUCAAACCUCUGCAAAACAAACACGUAGACAAACAACGUAUUCUGAUCUGCCCAGAGUGUUCAAAAGUGUGUACCAUCCCCAAGGCUGGUGUUGAUGACUUCCCACACGUUUAUGCUGUGAAGCAGUUGAAAACGGCUUUUGAGGAAGUCGGCCAUAUACUGAAGCACAUACAGUGUGCCGUUUGCGAGAAGAGGGUCGAUCAGCCGAUCUGCUGCAGGCAGUGUGUAGAAUACUUCUGCGACCACUGUGCCAGUCUACAUCGGUCUCUCUUUGCAGACCAUGUCCUAGAGUCUACUGCCGAAAACCCGUCUGUAACGAAAUGCACCAGCCACUUCAACCAGUUUGUGACUCAUUACUGUACGAGUUGUCUGGAGGCUGUCUGCCCGCUGUGUGCAACCAGAAGCCAUGCCAACAAAGCAAGCCACUCUGUAAUGCCGCUGGAGGAAGCUAAGAGUCAUUUUGUUACCCUGACAGAUAGGAAGAUUCGAAAAUUUGAAGAAUCUCGUGAACGCAUCAUGGUGGCUUUAGAUGCUACUGAGCAAGACCUUCGAAACGAAGAACAUAAGUACUGCCUGGAGAAACGAAAGAUCGAAGAGGCGGCUGAAAGAUCUCGAAGUUUGGUGUCGGAGGAAGAAGAACUACUGCUCUCGGAUUUAAAAUAUCGAUAUGACCAUAACACUAAAUGUUUCGAGAAUGAACGACAUAAUAAGCAGUCCACGCUUCAAGCUAUGGAUGAUUCAAUCAGUUCAGCGAAAGAGUCGCUUUCAUCUCUCAAAAACGAUAGCCUGCUGAAACCCGGCACGGGAGCAAUAAAAACAACACUGACGGUGUUGGAUAUGGUUCCCGCAGAUGCUGCAACUGCUGCUUUGGAUCUGGAAUUGAAGGAAUAUUCCUUCCAGCCGUCAGGACUUCAACGGUUUGUUGGCAUCAUUGAUCCCGAAUUACCCACACCUGACAACAGAAUAGACCAGCUUAAGUCACUGCCAUUUGCAGACGAAAUAGCAGAAAACGAAGACGAAAUUUCAGGAGGCAGCCACUCAUCGCAGACAAGAAUAAAAGAAAUAUUCAAGUGCACACCACAACUGGUUGACGAGCAUCUUGUAACCAGUGCUGUGGAUGGAACCAUUAUAUCGAUGAUUGGAAUUGGACUGGCCACAGAUGGCGCCGUCUUGUGCGCAUUCAACGUCCCGGGCUUGAGUCAAGUGAUCAUCAGCCAAUCGUCUGAAUUACAGCACGUUAUUUACCACAGGCGGAAAGGCAUUUCUGCAUUUGCGGUAUCGGCCAGUGGGAAAUGUGGGGUUGCUUUGAAGCAAGAUGACAAUCUCUACCUUCUGUCCCUUGACGACCUCCACGACGAGAGAGAGGCCACCUGUCAGACACACAAACACAGCUAUGGCAAGUCCAAGCCAAACAUUCAGGCUAUAGCAUUCAACAGAGAGGAGCAGAUCAUUAUUUCGGAUGGGGAAAAGAACACAAUAACUGGAUUUGAUGCUCAGUGGCGUCGUCCUUUCAACAUAAGCGGGAAUGCGAAGGGAGAAUUCAGCAAUGCAGCGUCCGUUACUGUCGGGUCUGCAGGGGAAAUCAUUAUCUUCGACAACAUGAAAAAGAACCUCGUCAUUUUCAACAAAGAUACGAGAUACAGAAAAUCCAUCAGCUUGGAUAAGUUGUCAAAUUCCUGUACCAUUGCCUCCCAUUUCAGCGGUGUUGUCUUUGUGGCAGACCGCAAGACGAGCUGCGUCUACAAAGUAGAUAUAGAUCAUGGUAAUAUAGAUGAGGUAUUAAAUGCUGAGUCUGGUAUUGAAUCGCCAUCUUGUAUUGCGGUGAGAGGGGAGCUGAUGGCCAUUUCCAACAAGGAAUCCUUCAGGAAUGCCAAGAUAAAACUGUACCGGAUUACCUAGGUGUAGAGUGCUACAAGAUGCCACUGAGCAAACCUAGAAGACAAAACCAUUAACAUUUUCAUACUUGUAUUUAUUCAAAAGGCCGAGUCGAAAUGACGAUUUGAUAAUAUUCAUUAACUGAACUGAAGGUGUUCGUGUAACGCCAUAUGCCCGUGUUACUCAGCGUGAAGCGUCAAAUGUAAAGUAAUUCGAUUCUGCGUAAAUUCGUAAAAUGGCCAGAAUUGGUGACAUAUUCAUUCAAAGAACGUGUAAACUAAACUUCAGGAUUUCGUCAUUGUGUUCUUCAUUUCAGAACAAUGAGUGUUCAUUCAGUAACCUUAAACAGUUUGGCAUUAUGGAGGGGAAAAUAUAGAGAAGAAAAACAACAAAACAAACAAUACUAAUAUAACACAACAAACAUAAACGUAUCCAUCUUCUACUUUCAAGUACAUGAGAACUAAAUAUGUCGUAAUUAUUAAUGCGAGGCACCCGCAAUAUCAUGACACGGUCACGUUACUUCUGUUUGCCUUGGCUAUAAAAUAACUGGCGAUAAUUUAUAAAACAAGCUAGCAUUUUGAAGACUGUAGGCCUAUUAUAUGCAGUGCGGAGAAAAGUUUAUAUACUAUGGUAAUAAGCAUUCAACCAGUCAAAAUGUUAUGGAGUUAUUUUCAACAAGCAUUCUCGGAAAUCCUUUGUUGUUGGAAUAAAGACGUGAUCGUGUGAAUAUUGUCUUUCCUGAGUACACACAGCCUAGCAUAACUCACACCUUGGAAUAUCUUUGGCGCAGAUAUGAAAGAUUAAAAACUACCUGGAAAUGAACCAAACGAACAAUUAACUUGUUUUAAAACUUAUAAAAGUUGAAUAGUUAAAGUUUGUUUUGUUUAACGAAACCACUUGAACACAUUGAUUUAUUAAUCAUCGGCUAUUGGACGUCAAACAUUUGGUAAUUCUGACAUAUAAUCUUGAAGUGGAAUCCGGCUACAUUGUUCCAUUAGUAGCAAGAGAUAUUUUAUAUGCACCAUCCCACAGACAGAACAGAAUCUUGAAUAGAGAUGCAUGCUUUUUAAUAUAUUGCUUUGUGUGUGUGUUUAUAUAUGAUGUUGUCAUUAGUGUGUGUGAAGUAAAAGUUACUAUUAUUGCAAAGUGUAUGUCAUAGCAUACUGACAACAUCCCAUGCACUCAACAAACCUGGAUAAAUUGUUACUCGACUAACACUCGUUAAUGUACUGGCUCUUUUGUGUUUUUGAUCUUUUUUCACUGAUGUUCAUUUGUGUCUCGGUCUGGCCACUGGCCAUCCAGAUACCGGACCCGUGACGGACAUGCUUGAAACCCAGGUGGUAUAGAGCCAUGGUAAAACAGAUCACGUUUACGUUCCCCUUCAGCGAUGCUAGUUAUUUUAAGUUAAAAAAAACCCAUAUACAUAUAUAUAGGUAUUGUGGUGUUUGUUUUAAGGAACUAUUUGUUUUUGGUACAUUGGGAAUCUAAUCACACGGAAAAUAUGGGAUUAUAAAAUUAAUAUAUUAGUGCAUAUAAUUAUGAAAAGAAAAAAAAAAUCAUUAUUCGAAAUGUCUUUGCAGUAAAAUUGUUUAUGUUAAAUGUAGACAAAAACAAGCAUUUGGGAAAUGACAUUCGCGUGUUUAUGCGGAUUAGAAAUUGUCUAUUAUUAUUAUUAGUUCAAACGUACAAUGUAUUUUCAAUGUACCACAAUGUUUUGUUGCGUGUAGUAAAUAAUGCAACUUUUAUAAUUAUUCGAAAGACGUUUUCAAUAAAACCUUUUGCCCCUUGAAUUUAGAGCAAACAGGCAAUUGUGUUAUUAUAGACUCAAGUUCAUUUAUAUUGAGAUUGUGUUUGUAUUAUUAGUACAAUUCUGUAGAGUAUUUGUAGUCGCUCACAAUGACGUGUGGCGUGUGAUAAUUACUGCUUGUUAUAAAUAAAAAAUAUUCAAAAUA